GCCAUUUUUAAAUCAGCUAGCCGAUAUCCCAGGAGUUUGGAAGAGGAUUGAAAUUUUACCCAUUUCCUAAACUGAAGACCGAAUAGGAGAAAUGUUAGAAAAUCUCUUUUACUUUAUACACUUAAGUAUAUUUACCUCUGUACUUAAGCUUAAACAGAGCACUUGCACUUUUACUUGAGGAACAGUUUGCUUGGUUUAUCUCUACUUUCACUCACACGCUGGAUUUGUGUACUUUGUCCUCCACCGCCACUAGAUAAGAAGCUAACUAGCCUAGUGCUAAAUUUUCUCCCACCGAGGGGAAGAGCUGACGCUCCAGAUCCAAACCCCCAGCUGGAAGCUGGCCUGAGUGAGUUAGUGGGUGUGUAAGUGAGAGUAAAGCCCAUGCUAUGGCCUCCCUGGCCUUUUCAGACAGAGUUAGAGGCAGGGCCAGACUGGAUUCGCAGUGCAAUGUGAGCUGCAGCCGGGGACAGCCCCAGUGAGAGUCUGAACGCUGCUCACUCACUCACGCACUCGUAAAUGGACCAGUAUGUGACCAUAAAGAGGCAACUUCUCCACAGACCCAUCUUCAGGCUGAGAUGUCUGGUGAAGCAGUUGGAUAAAGGAGAGGUGAAUGUGGUGGAUCUCAGGAAGAACAUUGAAUAUGCCGCCUCAGUGCUGGAAGCGGUUUACAUCGAUGAAACACGGCGGCUGCUGGACACAGAGGAUGAGCUCAGUGAUAUCCAGGCGGACUCCGUGCCCAUGGAGGUGCGCGACUGGCUGGCCUCCACCUUCACCAGGAAGAUGGGCGUGGUGCGGCGGCGGCCGGAAGAGAAACCGCGGUUCCGCAGCAUCGUCCACGCCGUGCAGGCGGGAAUCUUCGUGGAGAGGAUGUACAGAAGGACGUCUAACAUGGCCGGGCUGACGUAUCCUCCAGCUGUGAUUCUAGCUCUGAAGGAUGUUGAUAAAUGGUCUUUCGACGUGUUCACGCUCCACGAGGCCAGCAGUGAGCACGCUCUGAAGUUCCUGGUGUACGAGCUGCUCACCAGAUACGACCUGAUCAACCGCUUCAGGAUACCCGUGUCUUCUCUGGUGGCAUUUGUGGAGGCUCUGGAGGUGGGCUACAGCAAGCACAAGAACCCCUACCAUAACCUGAUUCAUGCUGCUGACGUCACCCAGACCGCACACUAUCUGAUGCUCCACACUGGCAUUAUGCACUGGCUCACCGAACUGGAAAUAUUGGCCAUGGUGUUUGCUGCUGCUAUCCAUGACUUUGAACACACUGGGACGACCAACAACUUCCACAUCCAGACCAGGUCAGAGGUGGCCAUCCUCUACAAUGACCGAUCAGUUCUGGAGAACCAUCACGUGAGCGCCGCCUACAGGCUAAUGCAAGAGGACGAGAUGAACAUCCUGGUCAAUCUGUCCAAAGAUGACUGGAGAGAACUGCGCACUCUGGUGAUAGAGAUGGUCAUGAGCACCGAUAUGUCCUGCCACUUCCAGCAGAUUAAAACCAUGAGGAACUCUCUGCAGCAGCCGGAGGGGAUAGAUAAAGCUAAAGCUCUGUCUCUGAUGCUGCAUGCGGCUGAUAUUAGCCACCCGGCUAAAGGCUGGAACCUCCACUACCGCUGGACACAGGCUCUAAUGGAGGAGUUCUUCAGACAGGGUGAUAAAGAGGCAGAGCUAGGACUGCCGUUUUCUCCACUGUGUGACCGAAAGGCCACUAUGAUCGCACAGUCUCAGAUAGGCUUCAUUGACUUCAUAGUGGAGCCCACGUUCUCUGUCCUUGUGGACACCACAGAGAAGAUAAUCACUCCUCUCAUAGAGGAAGCUUUAAAAUCGGGCGGCUCCGGCGUCCGCAGGUCAAGUUUGACAGGUCGUGGUUCCACUGCAGUGGUCGAGUCGGUUCAGAGACACAGUGAGAGAGACUGCGGCACCGACUACUCCCUCGCCGGCAUCGACCUCAAACGGGUCCGGCACUCACUCGCAGAGGUCAUCCAGAGCAACAAGGAGCGCUGGAAGGAGCUGUCUGUCCAAGAACUGGCCAGUAAGGAACGUGAGCAGCGAUCGGAGCGUGAGGAAUUGUCCCGGAAGGCCGAAGUCAUGCUGACCCACAGCAGCCCGGCCCGAGCGAGCCACGAUUCGGAGUCAAAGUCAAAAUCCCUGAAUGAACUGAACAACACGCACUCGCCGCACUCCUCUCUGGACUCGCUAGAGCACAGCUCCAGGUCGCCCGGCGACGAUCCGGGCGACGGCUCGCCCGAGGCCAGCCCAGACGCCCAGCAGCCUCUACCGUGGAAUGGAAAAACAGCUUGAAGUCAGUUGUGGCGCAGCCGGGCGUCUUACACUGUGUGCAUGUACUGUGGCGUGAUCGCAGGCCAGUAUGGGUGAUGUACAUAGCACUGUGCCCAUUGUAUCGUAAUGCUACUGUAUCCUCGGAACUCUGCAGGGUGAGUCGUCACGGUGACCGAGGUCUUUUUUUUUCAUGCAUCCAUGACAGCGGACGUCGUCAUAGAGACGGCAGAAUGCCACGUCGUCAUGGCAACUUCGCUUUUGCAGGAUAAGGAGCUCGGCUGACCCUUGUGCGGAGGAAUCCGAAGCCGAGCGUCCAGAAACGCAACGCUGCCUCUUACCCAUAACCUUUCUUCUUUUUUUUUCUCUCGUUUAAUUUCUCUAUUUUUGUAAAUUGGCUUUUCUUUUCUUUUUUUUUCUUUUCUUUUUUUCAGUCAUUUGUAAUGGUUAUUUAUUAAAGAUUGUUCUGCUCCUCUUUAAACCACAA